CUUCGAGCUGACCCACAAACCCCAGGUUAUCGAGGGAAACAUCGUGACCCCACAUGGAGAUCGACAGGGCAUGGAUGCAUUCACUGGUUCGAGGCGCUGCAAGACAAGAGACCGCCUGCCAGCCUUCGGCGACCCAACUGACUUGCUGCCGUUAUGACGUGCAGGUUCUUGGAUUGUUGCUUGUGAUACAACAAACAUGCGGGGGUAUACAGGAUCUGCCUCCUGCACUCGUGGAGCUUUAGAUAACUCCCACGCCUACAUCACCAUAGACAAUGCUUCGACCUUCACGUUUCCUCGCGGCGCUGUUUGCAGCAGUCUCCGUGGCUCAAGAUACCUGCAAUGAGCCUGCCUCAAGGUUAUACCUUCCUGAUCCGCCAUACGACAACUACAUCUACUUCGACUGCCACUCGAGCUCCCAUGUCAUUCUCACAAGUCCUAUGUCGAACAGCAACUUUAGUAUUCUCGGUCCACGCUUGCUCAUGGCAUGGCCUGCAGGUAAUAGCGGCCUUGCUGCGUAUUUCGAGCCUACGGAUGGAGUAAACGGAACCCUUACACCGCGCCUCGAGAACUCAACGUCCACGGGCGAGAUACUAAACCCCAUCUAUGAACCUAUCGAGGGCAGUGAUCCUCGAGUCGGAGUCUCCGGUUCUGUGAACUUCAACGUACCCGCAAAUUUGACCAUCCCGAUCCUUGGUAGCAUUCGAACGAUCCGAGACUUUGCUGAAGGAUCCAGUAUCCUCGAUCCAGGUGUACAGGGCGGCCUUCGUUUCUCCCAAUCAGAUGACAAUGGUGCUACUGUCAACCGGACUUGGUUCGACAAUAUCACGACCACAGUGCUGACUUUCACUCCGUUUGAUGGCGCCCAGCCAGUGAUCAUUGAUUCAAACAGUAACCAUUUGCUAUUCGGUGCCGGUACAUAUCGGUUCAACGCCUCCUUCAACUAUCCUCACCUCGAACAGCUGAACCAAACAGAAGCCCUUAACCCCCAGUCAGCAGAUCUGAUCCAGCAGCAACCAGACCAAACAACCUCUCUGUCUUUCUUAUCCUACGAAGACAAGCUUUUGGCCGGUACAUGGCGCUUUCUCACCUACUUCGGCCGAGACAGCAUGAUCUCCAUGCUUCUCAUGCAACCCGUGCUGAGCGAGGGCGAGAAUGGCGCCAUCGAAGCCGUCAUCAGCGCAGUACUCGAACGUAUCAACCGCGCAGAUGGCACAGUGUGCCACGAAGAAGUCAUUGGUGACUACGCUACCUACUUGAACCUCAAAGAGAACAUCACAUCCACGGAGCCUCGAUGUGACUACAAGAUGGUCGACACAGACUACCUCCUCCCCAUCGCCAUGCAAAACUACUUCGUCGACACCUCAACCGGCCAACAGCGCUCUGACGAAUUCUUCAACACCACCGCAACCUUCCUAGUUGAAAACGACGGCCUGACAUACGGAACACUGGCUGAGAUCACAAUCUCCAAAAUCAUGAACGCAACAUCCGCAUUUGCAUCCCCGGGCGGCCAAACCAUCCAAAACCUCAUCCACCUCCGCGCCUCCGAGCCCGUCGGCGAAUGGCGCGACUCAAACAACGGUCUCGGCGGUGGCCGCAUCCCGUACGACGUCAACGCCGCCCUCGUACCCGCUGGGCUGCGUGCAAUCGCUGCGCUGAGCCGCGCGGGCUUCUUCGCGAAUCGUCCUGAGUGGAACGAGACUGCGGACCGGUACGCGCAGGUCUGGGAGGACUCGACGCUGCAAUUCUUCGAAGUGGUUGUUCCCCAAUCUGAAGCUGUGUCACUCGUUGAAAGCUACGUUGCGGACGGUAGUCUCUCUGUGCCGACGAACACAGACAACAUCACCGGUGAUAUGACUUAUUACGGUGUUGCUCUUGACGGGAAUGUGCCUCCACCCUCAAACGCCUCAUCCCCGGUAGUCCCAGUGAUGAACACGGAUGAUUGUUUCCGGCACUUCUUCCUCAACACGACGAACCAGGCGCAGCUCAGUGCGUUUCUCAAUCAAACUGCUGAUCACAUCCUCAACCCGUUCCCCGUGGGUCUGGCAAGCGAUGUUGGUCUAUUCGUUGCGAAUCCUGCAUACGCCGGCAACGCAUCAUUCGCCGCAAACUUCUCUCGCGGAGCCUAUCACGGCACAGUAGUCUGGGGAUGGCAGUUAGCCAUGAUGGGCGCCGGACUCGGUCGUCAACUCGGCCGCUGCUCUUCCUCCAACGUCCCAGACUUCUGCAACGACACCCCCUUAUACAACAAGGUCCUCUCAAGUUACAACCGCCUCUGGGAUCUUGUUGAGAACAAUGAAGCACAGCUUAGUAGUGAAGUCUGGAGCUGGAAUUACGACAACGGGUAUCAGGCAACUCCGCUCGGGUCUAUCAUCGCGACCGAGAGUAAUAUUAGGCAGCUUUGGAGUUUGACGUUUUUGGCGGUGAGGAGGGAGAAAUUUGGGGGUAGUGGGUAG